AUGAGCGGCAGACGAAUGGUAUUCUGGGCACCGGAGGAGCAAAAUUUAGAACAUCCUGGCAUGUCGACCGUCGUCGAGGUUCGUUCACAUAUCGGCGCUGAAGUCGUGCUCGGGAAGGAACAUCAGAUAAAUGAAACCAAUGAAGCCCGCGUCAGAUGUGGUAGAUAG